AUGAAUCAACCCACGAUCCCGUAUCUACUCACUUUCGUUCUCUCGGUCGCAUUCAUCUAUUAUCGGGUCACCAAAAGAAUUCCGAGCCGGCUCAUUGCCGAUCAAGCUCCAAGGUCGAGAUUCGAGCUUGUCCCGGUGAAGAGCUACAACGUGCCCGCGCGUGCUCGUGGGGUAGACAUCAUAUUUGUUCAUGGUCUCGGGUCCAACCCUGACACGACGUGGCGAGCGAGAAGAUCCACGAACACUUUACACCCAAUCGAGGAAACCCGACCGAACAGUGAAAAAUACGUGAACUGGGUCAGCGACUUUCUUCCAAGUGACAUCCCCCAGAGGGAUGCGGUCUAUACGCGGCUCCAGAGCGUCGGCACCCAUCUCCUUGAACAUAUUGACGGGCAGAUCCGUCAGUCGAAGCAUGAGCAGGGUCGAUACCUGAUCUUCGUGGGACAUAGCUAUGGGGGUCUAGUUGUCAAAGAGGCGCUUAUUCAAGCCAAACGGAUACGCGAGUUCAAUCAAAUUGUGGAGCAAACAAGGGCGAUAUUAUUUCUAGGUACACCGCAUCGCGGGACUAGCUUUGGCCCUUGGGGUCGACUUGCAGCAUUCGCCUUGCAACCGCUAGGAUCUAAUCCAUUGAUCCUGGCCAAUCUGGAAUACGACUCUCUCGUGUUGAGUGAUUUACACGAACAUUUCAUAACUAGUAUACGAGAUGAUUUGCAAGUGGUCAACUUUUAUGAGCAGAGGCCGCUUUGUAUUUUCCGACUAUGGUUCUUUCGAUGGCAAAUAUUUUGUGUUCCCGAGAGCUCGGCUACCUAUCCUGGGGUCGGCAAAAUUGGUCUCGCCGUUGACCACUACGGAUUGAACAAGUUCGAGUCAAGAAAUGAAUGCUACAAUAGCAUCUUAUCGAAGCUCUCCAGAAUAUUGACGCCUCUAGUUGAACCGACGAAGCACCUCUAUUCUGUCCCGCUUGAGACAGUACAGACCUUUACUCAGCGUGAUCAACUUUGGAAGGAGCUGGAAGAAAAGCUUCAAAUACGGCACGAAAGCGCUAGCGUUCCAUUUGCAGUCACUCUUAAUGUUAAUCGGUUCAACCCGAUACUUUGGAUUGAUGCAACACGUGAAGAGACUGUCCGAUCCAGUUUCAUAAGAUGUGCUGCCGAAAUCGGGCUUCCAGAAGAACAAGAAAAGCAACAGAGCACGGCUCUUAUAGACGACCGCGUCAUCCAAGGUGUACUUCGAUGGCUUCGAGACCGGACCGAAGUGGAUGACGAAUGGCUAGUUAUCGUCGACAAUGCCGACGACUUCACUUGGGGCCUCAGGAAGCUUAUGCCAAAGGGAACCCGGGGGAAAAUUGUUAUCACCAGCCGCGAUGACCAAAGCCAAAAGUUGAUCGAUAGGGGCUGUGAACAAAUUCGCAUUGAUGUUAUGUCGCCUCGGGAAGCGAGACUUGUUCUUCUGCGCCACCUUUCAGAUGAUAUUAACUUGCUGCCAAAGUCCGUACAAAAUGACUGCGAUGAGGUGGCGAAUAAGCUUGGAUAUUUGCCACUAGCACUAGAUCUUGCCGGUGCGUACAUUGGUAAUAGUAUUGCCCCUGAACAAUCCGUUAGGCAGUAUUUGGAAGACUAUAUGAAGCAUCGUGAUGAGCUCUUGCAGAUGAAUCAUCUUCGAGGGCUUUCCCCUACGGAAAGAACCGUUUGGACUGUAUGGGAUACCACCCUGGAGAAAAUUGAAACGGAGUAUACGCAGCUGCAGCCUGGUCUACUGUUGACAUUCUUAGCACAUUUCCAAGGUACCAUUGUCCAGGAUGAAAUGUUUCGUUUAGCAAGUCUUGGCAUGUCUGCUGUCGUCGACGAGUUCGGCGAAGGGGUUUCCACUGAGAUCCGGAUGUUUCUUCCGGAAACCGAAGGGAAAUGGGACAACUUCACGUAUCGACAUAGCAUAGAUGUCCUCGCUCGCUACAGCCUAAUACAGCGAGUGCACGGAGAGUGGCCUGGUACCAUAAUGCACAGCCUAGUUCAGUGGCGGGCAAUUCAUCGCGAUCAAAAUCAACAAUGGGAGUGGUGGUACACCAAAUUUAUCCUUGCUGCAUGCUCUCAGAUUAAAGAAGAAGAUCACCAGCCACAAUUUCGUCGUCAUCUUACUUUGCAUGUUCCGGAUGUGAGUAAUAUUGAUCUGAGCUGCAUAAAAAAUAUAGAAAUGGGUGAGGUUUUCAUCUGGAACACACUGGCAAGGGUGCACUAUGAUGAAGGCCGGUGGGAAGCGGCCGAGCAGCUCGAAUUGCAGGUGAUGGAGACUCGCAAGACGAAGCUCGGCGAGGACCAUCCCGACACGCUGACCAGUAUGGCCAACCUAGCGUCGACGUAUAGGAAUCAGGGCCGAUGGGAAGAGGCCGAGCAGCUUUUUGUGCAGGUGAUUGAGACUCGCAAGACGAAGCUCGGCGAGGACCAUCCCUCUACGCUGACCAGUAUAGCCAACCUAGCGUCGACGUUUUGGAAUCAGGGCCGGUGGGAAGAGGCCGAGCAGCUCGAGGUGCAGGUGAUAGAGACUCGCAAGACGAAGCUCGGCGAGGACCAUCCCGACACGCUGAACAGUAUGGCUCAUCUCGCUUUCAUCUGGAAAUCUGCAGGCCACGAUGCCGAAGCCAUAUCUCUGCUACGAGAGUGCUUGACCAAGCAGAAGCAAACACUCGGCCUAAACCAUCCCACUACUUUAUCUAAUUCUGUAAUAUUGUUAGCAUGGGAAACAGAAGUGGCAGGGGACACUGAAGGGGAAUGGCAAACGGAUGAGGAGUGGGAAAGUGAUAGGCAAUACUGA